AGCAACGGACUGACUCACACAUUCUGACCGAACGAGGACUCUUGAGGAAUGGCCUCUGAACGGGAUCACGGAUCCAAUUCCACCAGAUAUCUGAGCAACCAGUUCGUGCAGCCGACGUGGCGCAUCGCGCUGUGGUCGGUGGCUUACAGCACCGUGCUCACAGUGGCCGUCCUCGGGAACCUGGUCGUGAUUUGGAUUAUUCUGGCGCACAAGCGCAUGAGGACAGUGACCAGCUAUUUCCUGCUGAACCUUGCUUUCGCUGACGUCUCCAUGGCCGCGUUCAACACCCUCAUCAACUUCAUCUACGCGGCUCAUGGAGAGUGGUACUUUGGAGAAGUCUACUGCAGGUUCCACAACUUCUUCCCCGUCACUGCUGUGUUCGCCAGCAUCUAUUCCAUGACUGCUAUAGCCAUCGACAGGUACAUAGCCAUAAUCCACCCUCUGAAACCUCGUCUGUCAGCAAAGGCUACUGUGGCCGUCAUUGUCUGUAUCUGGAGUUUGGCCGUGGUUCUUGCUUUGCCUCUCUGCUACUUUUCCACCACUCGAGCUCUGCCCCACAGAACCCUCUGCUACGUGGCCUGGCCCCGCAUGGCUGACGACGCCUUCAUGUAUCAUACAAUAGUGACAGUUCUGGUCUACGUGCUGCCUGUGGUGGUGAUGACCAUCACUUACACCAUCGUGGGUGUGACACUGUGGGGAGGAGUGAUCCCUGGAGACUCCUCAGAGAACUAUCACAGACAGCUCAGAGCCAAACGGAAGGUGGUGAAGAUGAUGAUCAUUGUAGUGUUGACUUUUGCCCUGUGCUGGUUGCCGUAUCAUGUCUAUUUCAUUGUGACGGGUCUCAACAAGCAUCUGAGCAAGUGGAAGUACAUCCAGCAGGUUUACCUGUCAGUGAUGUGGCUGGCAAUGAGCUCCACCAUGUACAACCCCAUCAUCUACUGCUGCCUCAACAGCAGGUUUCGCGCCGGUUUCAAGCAUGUAUUCCGCUGGUGUCCACUCGUCCACGUCGCAAGCUAUGACGAGCUAGAGCUCAAGAAUACAAGACUGCGUCCAGGUUGUCAGAACAGCAUGUGCACACUGUCCCGGGUCGACACCAGCAUCCUCAGCAAAGACAAGAGCACUCGCUCUCAUGGAAACCGGUCAAAACUGAACUCUGAGCUCAAUACCAAAGGCAGUUGACUCUAUGCAUGGAGCACAACAUCCAUUAAAAUUAUAAAGCCCGCUCUUUUACUUCAGGUUAAUUGUCACUUGGGCUUUUUAUUAUGAACUUAGCAAUUAAAAUACACAUCAAAAACAUUAACAUUAGUAGUUACUCGCUAAAUUCUAUAAUCCGUUGCUAAAUAAUAUUAACUUCUGCAGACCCCAACUGUAGAGCAUCUGUAUCAUUGGCUGAAACCAGGAAGUGACCAUGCAUAUAGUCAGUUAGCUAUAUUCACAUUAGCUAUAUUGCCCUGGUAUGUCGUAUUUCACCAUCAUCAACUGUCUGAUAUCUUUUGACAGUAUAUG